CUCAUAUUCUCUUCUCAAUCUCUCGUUUCUUUUUCACUCAUUUCACUUUUACUCAACACAAUCACAGAUUGCUUCCUCCUCCUCCUUCUGCCCUUUCUCUCUCUACUCACUCUGAGUCUUUGGCGUCAACCAGAAGAGAGAGAAAAUGGUAGCAGGAGCAGACGAUAAACGAACCCUCAUCUUCACCUAUGGAACCUUGAAGCGCGGCUUCUCCAACCACGUCCUCCUCCAAGAUCUCAUUCGCUCCGGCGAUGCCGCCUUUGUCGGCGUCUUCCGCACAUCUCAAAAAUACCCGCUCGUCUGUGGGCCCUACCGCGUCCCAUUCCUUCUGAACUUCAUCGGAUCGGGUUACCACGUUCGAGGCGAGCUCUACUCCGUGACGGCCCGUGGACUCGCCAGAAUGGACGAGCUCGAAGGCACCACGCGCGGCCACUACGAGCGCCUUCCGAUAUCGGUAUUUUCGGAUCCGGCCGAGAACGACGGCGAUGGUGAGGUGGAGUUCGGAUCGAUCGUCAACGGCGGUAUUCGUGGCAGAGACGGAUCAUCGGCGCUGACGUAUGCGGCGGAGGCGUACUUUGCGCACAGAAGCUACGCGGUGGAGCUGUGGAAGAAGAAUGAGAAGAGAGGGUUUGAAUGUUACACCGAGAAAGAAGCGAGGGGGUAUGUGAAGCGCAAAGAUAGGCCUCAGAAUCUGACGUUUCUGGAUCACAUUCGCUUGUUUGUUACUUCUGACUGAAUCUGCAUUUGCUUUUGUUUUCUUUUUUAUUUUCUGGCUCAAGAAAAUUUCUCUACAUGUGCACAGAAAAUUAGCUGCGAUGGCUUUCUUGUAAUUUCGCAGUGAAUGUUUCUGGUGGGUCCCGGACUCACGAGGCGUUUGGGAUUUACAUUUACUUAUCAGACGCCUUGCUUGUUGCCGCACCUGUCUGUGGGAAUAUAUGGGAAUUUUGUUGCCUUAUCAGCGAAA